AUGGCGGCCACUUCUGGAGCUGCGAGCGGCCCCGGAGCCCGCAGCUCCAACGGAGGGUUGGAAGCCACUCUGGACCGACGCUUUCAAGGAAUAUCCAACACUAUGGAGUCUAUCCAGAGCCUCUCCGGCUGGUGCAUUGAAAACAAGAAGCAGAGCAGCCUAGUCGUUCGCUACUGGAUGAAGUGGCUGAAAAAAUCUGACAACAAUCACCGUUUGAAUCUCUUCUACCUUGCUAAUGACGUCAUACAGAACUGCAAAAGAAAGAAUGCUAUUGUGUUCCGUUCCGCCUUUGCUGAGGUUCUACCGAACGCUGCUCUUCUUAUCAAGGACUCAAAGGUCCGUAAAUCGGUGGAUAGGAUCUUGUCAAUCUGGGAGGAACGCAGUGUGUAUCCUGAGGAACUCCUCACUCAAUUGAAAACCAAUCUGAACAAGAAGGAAAAGGAGCGAGAGAAGACUAAGGAAAAAGAAAAGGAGAAAGGAAAAGAGACGCCACCAGUGACUGCCAAAACAAAAGCUGCAAUCAAGUCCAAGAUUGUUGAAGAGUUUGCGCCCAGCUCCUUAGUAGAGCAUCUGGCAGGCUAUCAGCAAGCAGUCGCAGAACAAGACUUCAGGGAGAAACAGCUGGCAACUCUCAGGCUUGAUAUUUGCAGCAUGGAGGCUCUCAAAAGGCUGAAAGAUAAGGCUGGAGGAAACAAGUUUGCCAAGGACUUUGAGGACGGCAGUCAGAAACUGCAGGAGUUUGUCAGCUUCCUGGAGGAGGAGUUGAAGACUGGGCCCCACCUGCUGGAGGCUUUGGAGAACGCUGACAUUUUCUACAAGAUGCAGUACAAGGAGGUCAAGAUUGUUGCUAAUGCAUACAGUGCUUUUGCAAACAGAGUGACCAGUCUUAAAAGGAAACUGGACUCCCUCAAAUCGACUCUACCGAGGCCUGAAGACUCGCCCAUCCCCUCACCGUCUGCAGAUGCCCCCUCUCCCACUGGCUCUGACUCCCCCCUCCUUGGUAUGGGUGUUGCCAGAGCACAGGUGGACCCGGACCUGGAUGGCAAAGCCAUGGAUGACGGGGACCUGCCGAGUGACAGCAGAGAGGACAUAGACAUGUCUGAUGAAGAGGAGCGCUCUUCAACAACUGCAGAUGACAAAACAGGCGAAAUAUCCCCUGCUGUAGUCAAGUUGGACGCAGACUCCAAAACGCCGACCACACCUACCAAAACUUCAAAGGCUAAAACUGCUGCUACAGUAGCCCCAGCCACACCUCCUUCUGCUUCGCAUACUCCAUCCACACCUCUGGGAGUCAACAUGGCCAAGGUGGACCUGGGAAAAAUCAGCUCCAUCCUCAGUUCUCUCACAGCCGCUAUGAAGAACACAGGCGGCAGCCCCUCAACUCGGCCAUCUCCAGGAAAACCCAUCACUCCUUCAGCCCAAUCCAUAUCCUCCAAAACCACCCCAAAAAGCCCUGCUCUUGCCAGUAUUUUGUCACGUGUUGAUAUUAGCCCAGAAGGAAUACUGAAUGCUCUGUCUAAAAAAAGCACCCCAGCAUUGUCAUCUCUUCUGCAAACUGUGACAAACUCUGCUCAGCCCACUCGAGUUUCCCCAGAAGCAGCAGCAUCAUCAGCGAAGACCCCUAAAGCUAAACCCACAGUGGGAAAAAGCCUUAAGCGAGACACACCUAGCAGGAACAGAGUCUGGGAGAAGGACCGUCAGCUGUCUCCACCUCCCCCACCCCCUCCUCCCCGUGUCCCCCCUACUCUCUCUUCUCCCAGCCUCGAAUCUAAAAUCAACAGUUUCUUACAGGGUAAUCCGGGUUUUAGCCUAGCCUUAGGCGACUCCAGUCCAGAUGCCGUGGACGGGACGCCAGUGAGGGAUGAGGCUGCCGGUACGCCUACCCAAGAUGAGAUCAUGGAUGCGCCUGGGAGUGCGCCUGAAUCUUUGGGCUCCUCUGGUGGCAAUAACCUUUCACCCACAGCAUAUCGUAGUGAGCCGUGGGAUGCUGUGAUCACGCCGUCUGGAAGUAACAAUGACAGCGACUUGACCUCCUCCCGGUAUGGAAAAAAGUGUGAUGACGCCAAGAGUGUAAGGAAACAGUUGGCCUCUGGCCACAGUAGUGACCUCGUGAAGUCAAAGAAAGAUGCACAGCAAAGUCAGAGUGUUAACGCAAGAGUGAAGGGAGAGCGCAGGUUCUCCACAGACUCCCGAAAAGCUAGCACAGGCUCUGAAGAAGGUUUAAGUGGGAAAAGAGAUAAGCUCGAAGGUCUAUCAUCCCCAGUUAGGGACGUAAAGGACAGCGGUGAGUACCAUCGCAUUGAAACCUUAGUUUCACCCUGUACUGAGGGCGCGCCAAUAGAGACUGUGGGCUAUUCGAACCAGCCCCUCGCAGGAGAGCGAAUCAAGACUGUUGAGAGUAUACGUGUGAUUGGCCGAGAUUCUCGGCGAGGGGGAGGAAAUGCCUCUCGGCCCGGGAAGUCAAGGUGGUACGAAGAGGAAGAAUACAUGGAAGCUCAUUCGGCCUCGCCCCAUGCUGUACCCAAACCUCUUAGCAUUGGCCUAGGAGGCAGUGUGGACAUGCCCCCCACUGUGCCGCCCCCGCAUCAUCUUCUCGCUCAUCCACCGCCUCCCCCUCCACUACCUCACCCUCUCCCUCCUCCUCCGCCUCCUCAAAAUCCUUUCCAAAUGCUUUACCAUGCUGAAGGUCUCCAAGCCCCGCCCCCUUCUCACCUCCUCCACCCACCUCUCCCCCAUUUCUUUAGCGCUCCCCCCACAAUUCCUCGACCUCCCCCGCCUCCUAUGUCGCCCACACUGUCUCCAUCUUUGCCCCCAGUAGUCAUGGCAGGGGGACUCUUAGUACCUGUCGACCGGAUGCAAGGUGGCCAUGCGCCAGAGACGGGGGGCCACAGGGGCAACAGGUCCUCGCCUCGUCCACUAUUGUCAUUAUUAGGUGAUCCUCCGAAACUUCCACGUCCCGGCACUGUCAAAGAGCCUUUUUCAGUCCACCAUACUCCUCCUAUCCAUCGCCCAGGUGCCCCUGGCGCACCUCCACCACUGCUGGGCCGAGUAAAGGAGCAUCCAACUGUGCACCCUCCAGCCACGUCACCUACAACACCCAAUUCCCCCGCAGUCCCCAGCACGCCGGCUCCUGGGCAACCCCCAGCUAGUCCUCCCAGUCAGCCCCGCAACCAACCUCCCAGCCCCGUUCCCCUCCUUGCGCUUCCUACCCAAAGACCCCCCUUGCUCGCUAGCCCUCAGCGCGGCCACCUCUCUCGACACUUUAACCAAGAUAACCAAGGCGGUGGGAGGUUCCGUGGCAACAAGCGUGCCGGCCCUCCCUUCGCGGGUGGCCCUUUCCAUGGGCAGAAGAGAUCCUUCCAACCACCACGCUUCUGA